UCUCUGGGAUCACCAGGGGGAAGGACUUCCCAGGUCAGAGGGAUGCAGUUUCCGGGCAGGCUUAAGCCCCGGCACCUCUUUAUUUUGGAAAUUAACCGCCGGCAGCAGCUCCAGGCUAGGUCAAGGAGAAUAAGCCCGCAGGAGCAGAAGCCUUGGCUGAAGUUGCCUUCCCAGGAUUGUUAAGCAAGGCUCAGCGCCCUGUCCUUUACCCACCCGGUGCCAAGUGCAUGCCGCGGGGCAGAACUUACUACCAGCCGGGGGCUCACCGAAGGUAUCGAUCUACCGUCCGAAGCUGCUGCAUCAAUGCAAAUAUCCUGAGUGUCUUAGUACACCGAGGGUUGGUAUCCAGACCUAAAGACUCUUUCAUUUCCAAACUGGUCAGGGGAAAUCCAUCUCCUCUAGAGGUAGACUACACAAGGCCAGUGAAGGUCAGCACCAAGAAUGAGGAGGAAAAUAACAGCAAAGCGAAACAUGGUGGCCCAGUAUUUCCAGUGUCAAGCGCCACUAGAGCAAAGAGUCCAGCCUUUGGUGAAAACGGAGAAGGAGACAGACCCAACAGGGACUGACCCACUGGGGAUAUCAGAGGGUUCAGUCAAAACCUUUCGUAUUGUGCAGCUUGGGACAACUGUGGGAAGCCUAAAACCGCUAGCAUCUCAGCGGGCUAGGAAUGAGCGACAGGAAGCUCCCCAGCUCUGGGAAAUCCAAGGUCAGGAAUUGCCAACCCCGGACCUUACACCAGUCCAAUCACCUGCAUGGAGGAACCUCCAAGUGCCAGAACUCACACCAACAGAAGAUGUUGAAACUUACUUGGCUACCUUUGAACAUGUGGCCGAUGCCUGCAAGUGGCCAAAAGAACAAUGGGUCACCCGGCUUGUCCCAGCCCUAAACGGGGCUGCGCUCCAAGCUUACAAUAACUUGGAUCCCAGGGAAAGCGGAGAUUACAGGAGGGUAAAAGCUGCCAUUCUACGAGAAGAUGCUGCCAGCCUCGAAAGGCAACGUCAGAACUUCAGGCACUUCCGUUACCAGGAGGCCGAGGGGCCUCGUGAGGCCUGUAGCCGGUUACGGGGGCUCUGCCAUUGCUGGUUGGAACCUGAGAGCCGCACUAAGGAGCAGAUCAUAGAGCUGCUGAUCCUGGAGCAAUUCUUGACUGUCCUGCCAGAGGAAAUGCAAGACUGGGUUCAGGAGUAUCACCCCAAGACCUGUAUCCAGGCAGUGGCUCUGGCAGAGCAUUAUUUAUUGAAGCAACGAGAGGGAGAGAGGUGGGAUCAGCAGGUGCUGGGACCAUAUGUGCUAGAGGAGGCUGUAAGCUUCCCAGAAACAGAACAAAUGACGUUGGACUCCAGGCAGAUGACACUUUGCAGAGAGGCCAAAGAAGAGAUUAAUGAGAACCCCAGUUCCCUGGCAGAGGAUGAGAUCCCAACAAAAAAUGAGGAAGAGUUUCUAGUCCAGGAAAGUACGAAGAGGCAAAGGAGCCGGCUCUUCCCCAACCUUCAACCAGCUCCAUUUGCCCGCCAAAAUACUGACAGCCUGCUGUCUAUGAACAAACAGGCCCUUCACAAGCAAGAAGCAUUGUUCCCGUGCCCCGAAUGUGGGAAGAACUUUUCUCGUAAGUCGACCCUCACCAGACAUCGGAGGGUUCACACGGGCGUCAAACCCCACCAGUGUUCCGAAUGUGGGAAAAGGUUCCUUCACAAAUUCAACCUGGUGAAUCACAUGAGAACCCAUGUGCGGGAAGAGCCAAGCUGUUGUACACUGUGUGGGAAAAACGCAAGGCGGAAUUCAGGUCAGGUGGGCCUGGAGAAAAAGACUGGGUGUUGUGAGUGCGAUGAAAGUUUCGUGGCACAAUAUGACAUAGAGCAGAGGGUGCAGGAGAGAGAGGAGGCCUUCAGCUGACUUGAAUGUAGAAGAAAUGUAGCUGACUUGAAUGUAGGAAGAAACUUAGAAAAUGCUCUGAACCCUGGGAUGGGUGGCUCUCUCUUAAAGCAGCCCCCCCUUUCUGAUAAUAUGGUAGCUGCCCUAAACACAGGAGCGACACAAAGUGCUACCAGCAGCUCUCAAGCUCCAUGUCUUUGUGUUUGUUCCUUUUGCUCAUUUGGUACUUGUGGAAGCCUAUGGAGAGGGAAUAGGGGCAGCAAAGUUCCAGUCUACGUUUAUAAUACAAUGUUAUGUUCCUCCUGAGUCCACUGUGAAGGAGAAAUCUGGGCAAAGAUCACUGGUAUGUCAAAUGCAUAUGACAUAAAAGAUUUGAACAGAAGUAGUCAAAAUUCCAGUCGCAGCAUAUUGGUUUAAAGUCAUUAAAUGGCAUCUGUCCAUAGACAAGGAUUUCCACUAAUGGAGUGUGGAUUCUCCCACCCUCAGCCUGAGAUGCCCCUAGAAAUCCUGUUCUUGGGGGAUGGGACAAAAUUUCAGGGGACGUUUUAGGCUGCCAUGAGAUGGAGGAGGUGAGAAAAUCAUACUUCUUGCAUCUGUGGAAUUCUCUUGUCUGGAUUUAUCCCACUGGGUUUCCUUCAGGAAUAACAGGAUAUCAAAUGGGAAGUAUAAUGUCUGCCUCUGAGCAGUGAAAAUGUAAGGUUCACUUCCAGUAUUGUGAGAUCAACAUAACAUGAAUGCUCAUAAAUGAGAUAUGGGUCUGUGCCAUACAGACAUAUUUCGGAUAAUUAAUAAUGUAGUCAGGAUUCCACUUGGUUGGAGUAACUCUCCAGGUAACGGUGUGGUGGAAUAACACCUCAGAGGCCUUUUGUCCAGUGCUUCCUUUACAGUGGUUUUGUUCCCCUUUUAGCAUGACAUACAGAUAUUGUGAUGUAGAUAAGAAUUUUACUGACUGUUGCCUUUUCGUUGAGCUUAUUUUCUAAUAGUGCCUCCAUAAGAGGUGGAACAGUUUAAGAGGAUGUCUUCCGUAAUGGUUGUUUGUAUUAGGAAUUCUCCUACCUGUAAUAUUGCUGGGCAUUUUUCCCCUUAUAAAUAAUUUUAGGGAUUAUUUUGAAAUACAGUUACUUAAUCUGGCAAAGAUUUAAAGAACCAUAGUGUUAAUGCUCCUGGCACCCAAGAGAGCUUUGGAUUCAUGAGUCUCAAACAGCAGCUGCCUGUGCUGUCUAACCAUUAGAAACCAGUUUGUGAUAUGGAAAGGAGGCUUACUAUUCAAAGGGGGUGGGGGGCGGGACAUACAAAAAUCCCACUGGAUUAGAUUUUUGGAUCCCGGUCUCAGAGUUUGGGCUUGGCUGUUUUGUUUUUUGGUACAUGUUUGUCAGAAAGGAGUUUCUAGUGUCAAGUAUUCCAAGGCCUUCUACACUACCAUUUUUAACCCCUGUGAUACUGUUGAUAUACCAAAAUUGCAUGUUUGGGAUUUUGCAGUGAACAGCUGCAUCUGUACAUUAUAGAUUUUUUUAAAAAAAGGAAAAAAAGUUAUGUUUUUGUAUAAAUUUUUAUUAAAGCUUUAUUUUUUGUAGUUUGCACAUUAAAAUUUAAUGUUGUAAUAAGAAA